AUGCCACAAGAUCGUGUGUGGAUAAGACAGGAAGCAAGAAUGUUGGGGGCCGUGCAAAUAAUGACUGGUCUGUUUGUUCACUCCCUGGGACUGCUCUGGACAUAUUUGUUAGUCUCACAAAUUAUAGCAUUUCAAAGAGUAUAUAUUCCUGUUGCAGUACUGUCAGGAUUCCCGUUUUGGGCAGCUGGUUUUUUUUUGCUGUCAGGAAUCUUUACAGUAUUGUUUGAGAGGAAGCGUUCAAGGUCUCUGAUGACCUAUUCUAUAGUACUGAACAUCUUGAGUGCCUGCAGUGCAGUGAUCGGUCUGCUUUUACUAUGUCUUGAAUUUUUAAUCUUUGCUUUAGCUAAAACUGCUGCUUGGCCACACGGGAUCUUCCCAAUCCAGGGAUUGGACCUGCAUCUUCUGAACUGGCAAGUGGAUAAUUUACCACUAAGCCACCAGGGAUACUCACAUUCCUAA